GAGUUGGGGCCGCGCAGUGAGGACAGCGAUGGGACACAGACGAUAUUUAACCCCAAGAAAUGACACUGGAGCCCGGACCCAGGCGCCAGCACCGGCCGGGCGGUAGUGGAAGCGUGUAGCGGUUGUUCACGGUGUGUGUGUUUGUGUAGGAGAAGGACCCAGAGGAAGUUAGCGGCUUGUUCUUCCAGAGGGAGGAAGUUUGCGGCCACACAAGAGGAGAGGAAGCCGGGGAGGGCCGAAGUGUCCCGUCAUGGAGGAGUCCGGGUCGGCCCUGGAGAAGAAUGUGGCUGACCUCACGGUCAUGGACGUGUACGACAUCGCCGCCGUGGUGGGCCAAGAGUUCGAGCGCAUCAUAGACCAGUACGGCUGCGAGGCUCUGUCCAGGCUCAUGCCCAAAGUGGUGCGUGUGCUGGAGAUCCUGGAGGUGAUGGUGAGCCGGAGCAGCAUGAGCCCGGAGACCGAGGAGCUGCGGCUGGAGCUGGACAGGCUGCGGCUGGAGAGGCUGGACCGGCAGGAGAAGGAGAGGAGGCACAAGAAGGAGCUGGAGCUGGUGGAGGAUGUGUGGAGAGGAGAGGCUCAGGAUCUGCUCACCCAGAUCGCUCAGUUGCAGGAGGAGAACAAAACCCUGCUCACCAACAUGUCCAUCAAAGACCCCAUGAGUGAGGAGGACCUGCAGAGACAUGAGGGUAUGACGGAGAGAGAGAGGCAGGUGAUGAAGAAGCUUAAAGAAGUGGUGGACAAGCAGAGAGACGAGAUUCGAGCAAAGGACCGCGAGCUCACGCUGAAAAACGAGGACAUAGAAGCACUCCAGCAGCAGCAGUCUCGCCUCAUGAAGAUCAACCACGACCUGCGUCAUAAAAUCUCCGUGGUGGAAGCUCAGGGGAAAGCGCUCAUCGAACAGAAGGUGGAGCUGGAGGCCAGCGCUCAGGCCCGGGGCCAGGAAGUCGGCGCCCUACGGCAGGAAAUCACACGCUUAAGGGAGCGACUUCAAGGAGAGCUUCCUGCCCAGAAUCCUGAGGAACCGGCACCUCAGCCCCCUUCCCCUGCAGAGCGUGGCAAAGCUGCUGCAGUUGGGGCGGCUGGGGGCUGGUCACAGAGACCUGACCUCUCUGAGCUAAUGUGUGGUGGGGUUGACCCUGCCCCGCUGUCCCUGCCCGGUUCCCUCAGCCCAGAGGGACACGAGGACGGGGAUGAGGAGGCGGAGGACGAGGCAGUGUUGCUUUGGGAGGCGAUGUGCGAUGAGGACAUGCCUGCUGUGUUCCAAUAUUUUACCAAGGAGGCGCUGUGCGAGGAGGAGCUGGGAGGCCCUGAACCUCAAGACCCGAACCGGCCCCGGUUCACGCUGCAGGAGCUGAGGGACGUCCUGCACGAGAGGAAUGAGCUCAAGGCCAAAGUUUUUCUGCUGCAGGAGGAGCUGGCUUAUUACAGAAGUGAUGAGACGGUAGAUGAGACUGUUACUCCUUCUCCGUCUCCCUCGCCUGAACUGAGGACUCGCUCCAGAUCUUCUGCCCAGCCAGAGUCCGGAAUCAAACGCCUGAUCUUCACAGCCAUUAUGCCGAUGGUGGCGGCUGGUUUGAUCCCAGAUGACCCCACUUUACAGCCAAUCAGACGUCUCGUAUCGCUUGUUUAGUUUCUUCUCGCGUGACAAACAGAAGACUUCGCAGCGGAACGCGCAGUUCGGCGACAGCUUUGGCUCAUGGGCGGGGAAGGACGAGGUGUACACGGAAGAGGCCCAGGAGGCGUUACAGCACAUGUAGUCACCGGACACAGGACUCGACGAGGUCACUCAAACUCCGAAAACUCUCAACGCUCCAUGUUCAUCGCUCAAGGCCGGCCCGUGAACCAUCGAUCGCACACCAAACCGCCACUAGUGACUCACACCGCAGCUGAACUCUCGUGUCCAUGAGGUGAGAGGAACAGAAGAGUGGAAAAUAAAUUCCUCUAGAAACGUUUAUUUAAAUAGAUGAGAAUUACAUAUCUCAGUGACGACAAGUACAAACCGCCAGAAAGUAUUUCGGCCUCAGAAGGUUUUUACAGAACAAGAUGAUGGAGGAGAGGGUAAACUCAAGUUGUGGGAUGGAAAGUGGAAAGUUGUUUUAGUUCAAGUGGUCAAUGUUGUGUUGCUUAAAGUCCACAGUAAACAGUGGGUGAAUGUUUCUCCACAGAUGAAGGUUUGGGACACAAAAGUGUGCAAUAAAUGUUUUGUCUAAAACUACACAACUCCAGAUGUUGACUCACAAAACGGAGGCAACUUCCCAAGGGUUUGUUUAUUCAGUGACGACAAACCUGCUAUGAAAAAACACAAUCAAUGUGGCUUUUUACUCUUUAAUCUUCUCUGGAGAAAAUGAGAGCAACACUUUUGUGUCCCUGUCAUUUAUUUAAUCCUGUCCUUGUCCGUGCAGCUCUGUCACCAGCGUUCUGUCGGUUCAAACUAUGCAGCCCCGCUAAUUUAAAACACGCGGGGCCUGGUUAUAAAAUGUUGCAGAGAAAUUGAAAAGCUGUCUUCAGAAAAACAAAAAAACACAAUAAUUGUAUUUAUAAUGUAGUGUCCGCCAUGCAACAUAAUGUAAUUAUGGAAGCCCAUUCUGCCAGCCAAAUAAAAUAAUAUAAAUUCAAUUAAAAAUAUGUUUUUGACCAAAUAUCUCUUAAUUAUUCAGAUUUUCUAGGUCAUCAUAAUUUAGAUUUACUGUUUGUGUGAAGACUUUUGAAUAACAGCGCUUGUUAUGCCAUCAUUUUUACAUAAAAGGGGAACUUAUUUUAUGUAUUAACUCAGUAUGUUUUUUACAUUAGUAGUUACCACAGGUUCUUUUUCAUGUUUGGAAGGAGAGGGUGAGGUGAAGGGUGUUCAGCUGCAACUUCUCAUUUAAAACAAAUCCCAACAUGAGUUGGAAAAGAUCUGUUGUGUUUCACUGUUAUCCAACUAAUGUAGUGCAUUAUUAUACAUUUUCAUUAGGCCCCCUCAUUAAAAUAUUUUUAUGAUUAAAAAUAUAACUUUACUUCUUAUGUGUUUUUCAUUGAAUUUUGAUACAGACAAAUUAAAUCCAAUUCAAUUUUAUAUGUAUUGCGCCAAAUCAUAAUAUACAUCAUCUCAAGGGACUUGUUGAAAAUAAUAAUAAGCUAUUGUUCGCUUCAUUUCCUUGUUUCCUUUUUAAGGCAUUUCAUCUCAAGCUUACCAAUUCAAAAUGUUGACAUUUUUAAGUCAUCUUGAUUUAAUUACUCAUAGUUUUCAUAAUUGUUUUUCUCUUUCUGGCAUUAAUGGGCUUCCAUAUGAGUAAAGUGUGCGCGUAUCUCUCACUCACAGCUAUGACCUGAACUCGGAUCCUGUGAGAGCAAUAGAUGUGUGAAUUCUAACAAUGACCCACGACUCAUGGUGCCAAAAAUGUCACUGCUCCUCGUGCACAUAUGCAAACCCACUAUCACAGCAGUUUCAGAGUCACCAGCUGAACCAGAGCAGGUUACUUCCUCUUUGGUGGUAAAACAAACAGAUGCAGUAUAUUUACAAGAAAAAGAGGAACUUCAGCAGCUUACUGACACUUGACACGAGACGGAUCUGUGCAGAUGCGUCAUAGUGUUUAAUCACUCCAGGACACAGUAUAACUACAUUUUACAUAAGCAGGACUGUCUUAUGAGACUUAACCUCUUUACCUCUUCACUUAUUUAUUUGAAGGAGAUUUUUGAGAAGUAAAGAGCAACAGAAAAACUCAAAAACAAAGAUAAUACAGCUGGAGUGCAAAGUCGGAUUCGCAUUAUUUUUUAAAUGGUAAUCGAGGUUUGAUGCUUCUGUGGAUAACUGUGGUGUGAUCGGCUGUGUUUUAAUACAAGUGGCACUUAAUCUUCAUCUAUGUUCACCCAGCGAGGUGGAAUAAAUGAGUGUAAAACAAAGAGAAUGCCAUGAUGAGGCUGCAAAAUGAGUGUGUCAAUGAGUGUUAACUUAUUUUACAUUUUCACAAAUACAGUGAAUUAACGAGACUUGAUGCAGGAGUAUUAUGUUUAGACUGUAUCUGGAAGUCAAAGGGAUCCGAAGAAUUGAAUUAAUGAGACACUUAAAGGGAAAUACAUUUCAACAUUUUCCGAACUGCUGACCCUGGUUCUUCAGCUUCGGGUUCUUCUAUGAACCCAAUUCAAAUGAAUAUCUAAAGAUAUAAAGAUAUAAUUAAUGGAUGCGCUUUAUUAAAUAAACUGGCUUUUAUUCAUACA